CAUUGCCUUCGGUGUUCUUUGAAUAGUCAGGGGUGUGACAAGCAGGAGGAGAGCAGAGGUGGGUGACAGGUGACAGCACCAGGAGUAGACCUGGGUUCUUUUGUUUUCGGCCUCCCCAGGUGGACGCAGACCAGCAACGAGCCCCAACGGGAGACCAGCCUGGGUCUGUUCAGGGCUUAUGACCCAGACUUGCUUCCUGCCCCGGCGGGAGUGGGUGGCGCCCCGGCGAGAAGUGCCAGGAAUGGGGCCCUCCAGCUGGCUGGGGCUCUCCUGCGGCUGCAGCAGAGCAGGGGCUCCCCGCCGCAGCCGCGUCCCUCCCCUAGGCCCAUGGCAGCGGCGUCCUUGGCGCCCAGUUGCAAGCGGCUCCCCACCUUGGGCGCCUCUUUGCAGCCAGAGCGGCUGCGGCACCUGGGUGCGCUGGGCCACGGGCGGCGCCGGCGGGGAGCGCUCUGAGCAGCCGAGCCGGCCGGGCAGCGAGGAGCUGCUGACGGCGGCGGAGAAGCGGAUCGUGGCGCUGCACCGGGAGGCCUGCGCGGCUGGCCUGCAAAACUAUGUGGAUCCAGUUACUGGCUAUUUAGUGUUCACCAAAGUUGCCCACUUGCAGAGAGGUAAAUGCUGUGGUUCUGCAUGCAGACAUUGUCCAUAUGAUCAAGCUAACGUAAAAGACCCGUCCAAAAAGAAGCGGUUCAAUUCAUUUUUUUAUACUUGACGAUCAGUGCAUUUGCCAUCUACGAUGCAGAAACCUAAGCCAGGAUCAGUUCUUUGUGGCUUCGUCUGCAUUAAUAUUGGCAUUCCUUUUAUUGAUGCUGGGUUAUUUGAAUACAUUUCAAUUGUAAUAAAAACCAAGCUAAACCGUG